GGAAUGCAAAAGCGUUUCCUGUGGGUCACCGUUCACACUCACACCCACCCUUUUUUCAUCAAAAUAAUAAUCAUUGUAUUGUAUUCCCUCCUCUGUAGCCAAACCCACACUGUAACCAAUCCCCCCGUUUCAUAUCUGCCUUCAAAUUUUGUUUGAGUCUCAUGAGUACGGCAAAGAACGCGGCAAACGCGGUUGGAGGCAAAACCGCAAGAGCAUGCGACAGCUGCAUAACCAAGCGGGCACGUUGGUACUGUGCUGCCGAUGAUGCUUUUCUCUGCCAAGCUUGUGACUCUUCGGUUCACUCCGCCAAUCCUUUGGCUCGCCGACACGAAAGAGUCCGCUUGAAAACGGCGUCGUACAGGUCCACCGACGAACAACAACAACAACAACCUCCCACGUGGCCCACUAAGAAAGCUCGAACGCCCAGACACGGGAAACACUCUCGUAGCAACAACCCCUUCCAUCUGGUCCCGGAAGUGGGUUCGGAAGAGGUGAAUUCCCAUGACGAGAACGAGGAGCAGCUUCUUUACAGGGUCCCCAUAUUCGAACCUUUUGUUGCCGAACUAUGUGGGAAUAACAGCUCUUCUCCUUCUUCGGUGACUUCAACCGAUCAAGGAGUAGCAGCUGCUGUGGCCGAGGCCGAAAACAAAGGGGUUGAGAGCAAUGUUUUAUAUCACAGUAAUAAUGAGAUGGAAAACUUGCACGGGAUGCUUCCUUCCGAUGCAGAACUUGCCGAGUUUGCGGCUGAUGUUGAGAAUUUACUGGGUAGGGGGCUUGAAAACGAGUGUGUGGGGAUGGAGGAUCUGGGACUGAUUGAUGCGAAGGAGGAGGAGUGUUCGGUGGGUAGUGGGGAGGUGAAGGUGGAAGAGGAAGAGAGCCCUGAGAUGGAGAUGGAGAUGGAGAUGGAGAUGGUGGGAAGAGAUGUAUCGUUUGAGUUUAGCUUUGAUUACGAUACGUGCGAAGAGGUGAAGGAGAAGGUUUGUGAUUUGGAAUUGGGGAAGGAGAAUGAAGAAGAACUGAGAGAGAAUGAUGAGGUGAAAAAGAAGAAGAUAUCGUUGCAGCUUGAUUAUGAGGCAGUGAUUAUCGCCUGGGCUAGCCAAAAGUCUCCCUGGACCACUCCUGACAAGCCAAACUUAGACCCCGACCAGUGCUGGCACGAAUGCAUCGAAAGUUAUGGAAGGGGAAUUCAUGAUUCUUAUGGUGAAGUGGGUGGAUUUGGGAUUCAUCCAGUGAUAAUUGAUGGAGGCAGAGAGGCAAGAGUGUCAAGGUACAGAGAAAAGCGGCGAACAAGGUUGUUCUCUAAGAAAAUAAGGUACGAGGUUAGGAAAUUGAAUGCAGAGAAGAGACCCAGAAUGAAGGGGAGGUUUGUCAAGAGAGCUUCCUUUGCACCAUCAACAUUUCCCUUGCUAAAUCAUUAAGACCUCAUUCAAGUUUUGUUUACUAUUUAUUUCCUAAAUAUUAUAUUUUUGCUCAGUGCAUCCUAAUGCUUUUCAUUUUAUUUUCUCAGCUAUUUGUAAAUAGCAAUUUUGUUAAGUUAAUAAAUGCUCCAAAUUUCUAAUCA